AUGGACCCCAGUGGUGAACGGGAAGAGCAGAUACCUGAAGGACAAGCCUCAGGCCCUGGUCCUGGGGGAGCCAUGAGCACAGGAAUCCAAGGGAAUGCCAAGAGUGGGCCUAGGAGUCUGGCCCAUGGCAAGGUUGAGCCCAAGAAGUAUGCAGUGACCGAUGAUUACAAGCUGUCUAAACAAGUGCUGGGCCUGGGUGUGAAUGGAAAGGUCUUGGAGUGUUUCCACAAGGUGACAGGCCAGAAGUGUGCACUGAAGCUCCUGUAUGAGAGUCCCAAGGCUCGUCAGGAAGUGGAACACCAUUGGCAAGCCUCAGGUGGACCCCAUAUUGUGCGCAUCAUGGACGUGUAUGAGAACAUGCACAAUAACAAGCGGUGCUUCCUUAUCGUCAUGGAAUGCAUGGAAGGUGGUGAGCUUUUUAGCAGGAUCCAGGAGCGAGGCGACCAAGCUUUCACCGAGAGAGAGGCCUCGGAGAUCAUGAGGGACAUUGGUACAGCCAUCCAGUACCUGCAUGCCAUGAACAUUGCCCACCGGGAUGUCAAGCCAGAAAAUCUGCUCUAUACAUCCAAAGGGAAAGACUCAGUACUCAAGCUCACGGACUUUGGAUUUGCCAAGGAGACCACUCAAAAUGCCCUACAGACACCCUGCUACACACCCUAUUAUGUGGCCCCUGAGGUGCUGGGUCCUGAGAAGUAUGACAAGUCGUGUGACAUGUGGUCACUCGGAGUUAUCAUGUAUAUCCUUCUUUGUGGCUUCCCUCCAUUCUACUCCAACACCGGCCAAGCCAUUUCCCCUGGAAUGAAGAGAAGGAUUCGAAUGGGACAGUAUGGAUUUCCCAAUCCCGAGUGGUCUGAUGUCUCAGAAGAAGCCAAGCAAUUGAUCCGACUCCUGUUAAAGACAGAACCUACCGAAAGAAUGACCAUCACCCAGUUUAUGAACCAUCCUUGGAUUAAUCAAUCAAUGGUGGUCCCGCAAACUCCUCUUCACACUGCCCGAGUCCUGCAGGAAGACAAAGACCACUGGGAUGAAGUGAAGGAAGAAAUGACCAGUGCCCUGGCCACUAUGCGGGUAGAUUAUGACCAGGUGAAAAUCAAAGACUUGAAAACUUCUAACAACCGGCUCCUUAAUAAACGUCGAAAGAAGCAGGCUGGUGGCUCCAUGUCCUCUACAGGCUGCAACAACCAGUAA